AUGUCUUCUGAUGAGGAAGAUGAUGAAAAGUUACCUGGAGAAGGUGGAGAGGGUAAGGAAGUUUACCCUUACGGAGAGUACGAGGGUGCCAGAGAUGAAAAUUUGGACAGACACGGUUUUGGCAGCGCUCUUUUACCCAACGGUGACAUCUACGAAGGAAAUUACUACCACGGCAAACGUCACGGCAAUGGCACGUACUGCUUCAAGAAUGGAGCCAGGUACAAAGGGAACUGGAGGAAAGGUCUGAAACACGGGAAAGGCGAGUUCCUCUACCCAGACGGUACCAGAUACGUAGGAGAUUGGAAGAAAGACUUCAAGCACGGCCAAGGCAUCUACUACUACGUUAACGGGGACACCUACGAAGGCUGCUGGUACAAGGGAUGGCGUCACGGCCUGGGCACUUAUACCUUCAAGAAAGUCAACGUCACACACUUCGGUACCUGGAAGGAAGGAAGAAUGGACGGUCCAGGCAUUUACAACUAUCCCCAGUACCGCUACCACGGCAACUUCGAGAGGAACCUACCGAAAGGACCGGGUUGCUUCACCUUCAACGCCAAAUACAUGCAGCACGGAUUCUACAUCAACAUGCGCGAUCCGGCCUUCGACUACGUUGGCGUGGAGGACCUCGGGUUGGAUGAGGGAGAUCAUCCUACAGAGGUAGAGGAUAGGGGCAAUCCUAGAGGCAUAGUGCCCAUUUGGAGGGCUAGGGCGAUCACCGAGUACAAAGCUGAGUUGCUUCCUAGGGAACCAGUACCGGUGCCAGUUCAUGAGUCUGAGGAAUCGCUGCUGGACAUCAUUGAUUACCUCCAGAGGCAGUACGACAAGGCUGGAGGGGCGGACGAGGAAGAAAACAGAACAGUACCGUCGCCUGUGCCACUUGACUUGCAGCUUGACAUUCCUGACAUAGAUUUUGAUAAUUUGUGA